CUUGGCCACACUGGGUUUUGCGACAUAAACGAAUACGGCCGCACUGCGGAGCACGAAUUUCUGGUCAGGAUUGCGCAAAGGAGCAAAAUAAGCCACAGGAUCAGGACAGCGAAGCCACCAUGGCGCCACCACCACCGCCAACUCCUGCCACAGGCAAUUUCCACCAGCAAUUGCACCAGCAGCCAUCGGCGAUUCCUCCACCGCCAACGGGGCAAAACAUAGCGCCGUCGGGCGCAUUUCCAGGCUCCCUUACACCCGGCUGGAAUGAUCCGCCACCCGUUUCGGCAGACGCCCUGACCAGCAACGCGAACAACCGACGACCACGCCUCGAUCUUCGCAAGCGCGUGGCCCACCCGCUGGACGGGAAGUCGGGCCAGGGGCCACCAUCACUGGACGCCUCCUCGCCACGUCCCGUGGCCAUGGUGCCUCCCCAGCGUCAGUUGCCGUAUCCCGAUCCGCACAACAUGGCUGGCGGAGCAGCGGAUGCGGGAACAUUUGGAGGAGCUGCGAACGCCAACGCCAUGCGUCUGCCACCGUUGGCCCAGGCAAUCGGCAUCGAUCCCUCCAAGGUACCGGUGGCCAUGGUGCCGCCAAGGCAGAAGUAGCACGUAGACAUUCCCAAUUAGGGGCACCUAGGUUAGCGAACUCCAAAUUACUGUGUUCCCGGGCGGGCUGGAAAAUCCAUAUUUUUCUAUGUAAUCCACUUAAGACACCUCACGAAAUAUAGUGCAUGAUUAGGGGCUGAUUGAGCCCCAGAAACUCAAGAA